AGCCAGACUCCCGCCAUUUACUGAAUUCUAAACUCUUAGAGGAACAGAACCUCGACCACUCACUAUCUCGAAAUUGGCAUCUGCACAGCCGUCACCAAGCCAGAUUGAACAGGUCCGAUCAUGUGGUCGGGGAGAGUAUGACAACAGCAAAGGAAUGGAAAACCAUUUAAUCUAUCAAGGUCGGACUUCCCUCAGAAAUGCUCCUUCAAACACCUCCCAACCCAAGCUGGACGCAAAAGAACAGGGUUUCUCUCCUAGCACGCCAACACCCAGUUUACUGGGAAAGCCGUAUACUAUGGGCAGCUUCUCUUGGGACCGCGAUUGUGUCCAGGAGCGUGGAGGAGCAAGGGGUGCGACUGAACACCUCGGACCCGGGGGGGAUGGAGGCUUGCUUGCGCGCGAUACGCGCAAAAGGAAUUACGAAAAGAACCCGAGGAGGAAGAUGAGAGAGGCUGGACGUGGUAUCGAAUGUGAUCGGAAACGCAAGCGUGGGAAAGAUUCAGGGAUCAUGGGCGGGAAACACCCCAAAGAAGCUCGGGUUCAAGGACAUAUGCUAAAGCGGGUUCUUUCGCCCUGUAAUUCCCGAGAUAGGCUCACGCUCCCGCCAACUCAUAAGACUGGACUUUUCAAGAAGGGUCGUGCUUCACGGCUGGUAAAAUCCGGAUUGUCAGAUUUGGUUUUUUCAGAGAUGAGGUUCCUUGCUACGACUGGUGAGGACCAAGUAGCUUUGGAUCAGGGGAGAACCAUGUCUAAGGGCGAGGAACGUUUCUGUAGGCCUCAUGCCUUGGAAAUCUCACAUUCGGAUAGAGCCCGAAAGGUCUCAGGUGCUGCCCACCGCGACAAAUUGACGCAAGAUAGGAAGGAAGUGCAAGGCAAGAUCAAGGAUAGGGCACUACUGACGAAGCUUAGUAUGUUGAAUGCUGGUCACAGGACCCCUAGUUCUCCGUGUGUGAGCAGCUUGGGUCCAAAAGAAUCUACAUGCAACCCUGGCCGCGGUAUUCGGAAUUGCUUUGAUGCACGAAAAGCAUUGCUAUCACCUGUCAAUCUGGCAAGGGGCCGAAUGAUGCCAGGCAGGGGGAGUGAGGAGAAACCCAAGUCGACAGCUAUGAACGCAAGCGCAGUAAGGACUUUCCAGGGCUUAAGUGGGCUCAUAGAGGAGGGGCAGCAAAAUCGCGUGUCCGGGCAGCCACAGGCUGCGUCUGUGUCACCAACAUUGAGGACAUUAGAGAGGAGAGGAACUCCACGGAAAGCGGGGAAUGGGGAAUUCGCACUCCAAGAAUAUCUUGGGAGGCGCACAGGGUGUAGCAAUGAUGGGGAAUACAAGGUUUGGAAAUAG